AUGGUGUCGCCCCCAGAUUUCCCCUCUCUGGCCAAUGCGCGCAAAGCCCUUUCUGUACCCUCUCUACUGUAUCCAGAUACGUGCCUUUGUGCACCAGUUCGACGCAAACCCAAAUGGCCCCGUAGCGACCCUCUUAACCAUUUAGUGCUAGUACGGGAACAGGGCAGCCCUGUUCACUCACACGGCUCGUCUCCAAAAUAUGCGUCCGGGCCUGGCGGGUAUAGCGGCGGAGAUGCUGAGCGGUGCUACCUGCGGUGCCAGGCCGAGGCUCGGCAGCCUCCUGCUGGCCAGCCUCUCCAAAACAGUGCCGCCGAUGUCAGGCAUGGGGAGCCGCAGAUUUCGCUCCACGUCCUCGAUGCAGGGAUUCUCAGAGAUGGCAAGAGAGCGGUCGAAGACUGUCACGUCGUUUUACAACCAGUCUGCCAUUGACGUUUCCGCAGAAAAGGCCUCGGUGCGACUGACCUUAGCCACCCUGCUGUAUUCUGGGAAGUCUCCCGAUGGGCACCACAUCCUGAGCAGUGCCAAGUACCUACACAAGGAGCUGCCUGUACGAAUCGCCCAUCGCAUCAAGGGCUUCCGCAGCUUGCCCUUCAUCAUCGGCUGCAACCCCACCAUUCUGCAAGUGCAUGAACUGUAUAUCAGAGCCUACCACAUGCUCAUUGACUUCCCCCAGAUCAAGGAUCAGGACGCGGAGGCUCGUUUCUGUAAGCUGGUGCAGCAGCUGCUGGACGACCACAAAGAUGUGGUCACCAUGAUGGCCCAGGGCUUCAGAGAGUGUCGCAGACACAUCCAGGACGAGGCAAUCAUACGCAGCUUCCUGGAUACGACACUGUGCUCUCGUCUGGGAAUCCGAAUGUUGGCCACGCAUCAUCUCGCCCUUCACGAAGACAAUGCUGAUUUCGUUGGGAUGAUAUGCAGACGUCUCUCCCCCAAAAAGAUAGUGGAGAAGUGGGUGGACUUUGCCAGGCGUCUGUGUGAGCACCAGUACGGUAACUCUCCCAGAGUGAGGAUCAACGGACACGUUGCAGCUCGCUUCCCCUUCAUCCCUCUGCCUCUGGAUUACAUCCUGCCCGAGCUCCUCAAGAACGCCAUGAGGGCAACCAUGGAAAGCCACCUGGACACCCCGUACAAUGUGCCCGAUGUGGUCGUCACCAUUGCCAAUAACGACAUUGAUUUUGUCAUCAGGAUUUCUGACCGUGGUGGCGGCAUACCUCACACUAUAAUAGACAAGGUGAUGGACUACCACUUCAGCACGGCUGAGGAGAGUGCACAGGACCCCCGAAUGAGCAACUUCUUCAACAACAUUACCAACAGUGGAAACCAGUCCAGCCCUAUGCAUGGGUUUGGUUUCGGCUUGCCCACGUCCAGGGCCUAUGCCGAAUACCUGGGCGGCUCUCUGUCUGUGCAGUCUAUGCAGGGCAUCGGCACCGACGUCUACCUGCGUCUGCGCCACAUAGACGGCAAAGGAGAGAGCUUCAGAGUGUAAAGCGCCCCGUUAGUCGUCCUUGUAGAACCCAAACAAGGAAUCGGGCCUUGCAGGAGUACAGAGGGUUCCCCCACCAGGAAAGCUGGCAUGAACUACAGGACUUUGGUCCACAAACUGAUAGUCUACACACAGUAUUUUGGCAGAAACCUCCUAAAUUCACCAACUCACUACUUGUUCUCUUUUUGUUUUGCCUUAGACUGAUUAUAAGCUAUGUUAGCUCUCAAGUUGAUAAUAUCGGUUUGUUUUUCCUUUGUGUUUUGUACCCUGUGGCAAGUGAAUGUUGAAGGUUAUCGGGACAAACUGUGCAUGGUAGUGGACAUGGAUGUCAAUGUGGAAGGAAGGAAGGAAAGGAAAAAGAGCUUCAGUUUUAAAGAAGCUCACUUUGAAGUUACUUGUCGCAUAGCCUCAAAAUAAGUGCAGACGUUUUGAUGAUUAAAUGUUUCAAAUGAAACUUCUGAGACACUCCAGCAACCCUGUCAAAAUCUCCCCAAAGUACACAGAACAUGUUCCGUGAUGAUCAACAUAGUUUGAAUAACUGGUACAGAACCUUCCAGUACAUUAUCAGUUGUUUCUAUCUAAAUCAAAGGUCUAUAAGGGAAAACAGCAGUGCACAAGAACAACUUAAGUGUCCUCAGCAUGUGCUGUAAUCCUUAACUCUUGACAAAACAGAAUAAAAUAAAAAUCUGUUAGGGAGCAAAAUCUCCCUAACAGAUUUCUGUCUUGCAUUCACAAUGAACAAUGAGCAUCUUUGUCCAGGAGUCAUUUUGUGGAGUUUUUAGACGGGGAAGCCAACCGAGGUGUUCAGUUGCCUUACUGUGUGACGCUAGUCCUUCAUCCGCAUGCCGACUUUUCUUGUUUUCUCUUUUGUUGCCUUUAUCGGUUCACACAGAUGCACACUGUCCUAUUGUUUGGAUUUCCCGCUCAACACUUGCGCCUAUCACAGCAGCUUUUGACUUUAUUUUAACAAAGUAACAAUAUACCAGAUAAGUGUUCUCAAAUAUUGUCCUUUUUUUUCAAUUUGGUCUGACUAUAGAUGUGUUUUUUUUUUUUUAGAAAGUGUGUCAGUGGUUUGAGUUUGCUGUCUUUUUGAAAAUAUUUUUGUAUAAGAACACAUUUCAAGAUGGGUCGACUUUUGCACGGUUAAAAAAUGGAAGUUCAGAUAAGCUACGGUUUCUAGUCAUUAAAGUGCAUUUACUCCAGAUCACAACUAAACUAUGAUAAUAGCUUAAGACACCAUAUCUUUAUUUCACAUUAUGUUACCUGAACCAUGUCAUCAUCUAUCCACGCUCUAUCCAAGUCUGUUUCAGUCAUUCCUCUCAACCUGAAGACGUACAGAUUGCUCUCAAACAAAAUGACAAAAUAUUUAAGUUGUGAUCUGAAAAUAAUUGAUUAGCACACCCCCGGCCGUUCUGAGUUUCCAGUUUGAGUUGUACGAGUCAAAUGAUGCCGUUCAGAAAAUGACUGAAAAGGAGGUCAUGCAAUUUAGAUAACCACCUCGAGCACUCCUCACAUUUUGUUGAACAUUCCACGGUGGGCACCGGUUGUCAUGCAACAGAUCAACCAGAAUUUUCACUUUUAUCACAAUUUAUCUGUUUGGAGUAUUUUUCAUAAUAUUCGCUUAUUCUGUCAUUUUUGUCAGAAAGGAAAUUGUGAAUGAAUAAGAUGGGAAAUUUAUGAACUUUGUAAACCAACAUUUUAUUUUAAAGCUACGAAAGCUUUAGAAAUUGGAUAGUCUACCUAAUGGGAAAAUGUGACACUUUUUUGCCAUUUCAAACCUAUAAAUGUUAUCUUACAAAUUCAGUAACUUGUUCACUUGGAUUUGCACUCACAACAAAAUGCAAAAUGAGUUUCCUUGAGUUUCAAUUUUCAGCUCGUGAGACAUCAUGAAGGCAUAAGUGAACCAGUUAUUUCUGUUGUAAGAUAUUUCUAAAUAUAAUCUAAUUUAAUUUGUCAAAGGCUCAUAUUUAUUUUGAACUAAAUUAGCCCUGUCUAAUUGGCUGUUCCAGAGUGACGUAGAACGGCCUGUAUUAUCUGUACCUGUAUUCUUGCUGAGGCUGUGUAUGAAUUAAUGUUUAUUGUGGCUUUGAAGGUUUUGACGAUGUAGUACAUAUGUAGUCUAUGCAUGUAAAGCAAAGGGGGGAGUUAAUACCACAUAGCUGCCAGACGCAGGUAAACGAUGGUUGAAGGUUUGCGUCCCUUUUUCAGACAUUAAGAUUUUACCAUCAUUCUGAGAUUUUCUUUUAUUCAAAAUUGUUGCUGGUAAAAUGUUGAUGGUGGUUUGUAAAUUUUCAAUUUGGCUGCCAGACUGUAGCAUGAAAAUCCUGUCUGCCCUCUGCUGGACUGAAAAGAAUGUGCAGGCAGACUCUAAACUAUUCUUUGGGUAGGGUUGGGUGGGUGCAGUGUAUAGUUUUAGAAGGGGAAGAGCGUGUACAACACAUCAGGUCAUUUCUAUUUUCCUGGUUUCUGAUUUUGUAAUUUUUGCAAAUAGAAGUGAGACUCAACAGCAAAAGAUAAUUUCAUGAUCAUCAAAUAUUGGAGUCAUGUUACUGACUAAACGUGCUGUCAUGGAGGGUUUUGGCUCCUAGACUGAAAUUGGUUUCAAAAGAUUUUUUCGGUUGUCUUCUCUGUGACUCUGUAUAGGCAUUAAAUUGUACUUGGUUGGAA